UUUACGUGACAAGAAUUGAAAAAUGUGCAACAAGCGCCAGUAAGUGAGGCCUUGCUUAAAAAUAAAUAGAAAAUCGAACUCAAACAUUGAACUGUGGGGCCAAAAUUUGGCAACUGAAACCGGACAAACAUGGUUGAGAAGGCCUCGAAUGCGUUUACCCUGGAAAAGCUGCGCAAUCUGCAGUGGGGCAAAGUUUUUCAUCUGUUCUAUAUAGAACCGGUUGUCUUCAUGCUGCUCUUCUCGCACACGCUCUCCGGCACAAUCCAGCGGAACCAGGUCAUCUAUCAGACGUGCACAGUGAUAUUCCAUUACAAUGAGUCCGACUGCAAGCAGCUGGACUCCAAGAACGCCAGCGCCGAGAUAAAUGCCAUCGAAACGGAGCUGCAGCCGUAUGUGGCCAAUUUAUUCCUCUCGCGCACCCUCCUGGAGAGCAUUGUGCCGGCCUUCUGUGGCCUGUUCAUUGGCUCCUGGUCGGACCACUAUGGCAGGAAGCCGCUGCUGAUUGUCUCCAUGAUUGGCUUUUCCGCCUCCUUCUUGCUGAUGGCCGCCAUCUGCGAGCUGUCCAGCUACUACGUGGUCAACCCCUGGUGGUACAUUCUGGCUGCGGUGCCCCACUCGCUGCUGGGCGGCAACUGUGUCUUCUCUGUGGCCGCCUUUUGCUUCAUAUCGGACAUAACGGACUGCAAGACGCGUCCCUACCGCAUGAUCUUCAUGGAGUCGCUCUUCUUCAUCGGCCUGACCAGCGGCUCGCUGCUCUCCAGCUUCGUGUACGCCGCCACCAGCGCAGCUGCGACCAUCGGUCUCUCCGGCUGCAUUUCCACCUUUGCGACGCUGUUCAUCAUCUUCUUUGUGCCCGAGAGUCUGCACAUUCGCCAGGCGGAGGAUGCGAAGAAUGCAGCUGAAUGCAAGGAUGUGCCCAUGACGGCCUGCGACCUGCAGCUGGACUGUGUGGCCAUCGACUGUCCGCCCAACAUCCUCAACGAUGAGCAGCAGGAGAAGCCACGCCCCAAGCCAUGCGAGCUGCCAACGCCGGCGACUCCUGCCAUGUCCUUCGACGACGACAUGCUGGCCAAGUACGUGGAGCGGCUGCCCGAGCGAGCCAAGAAGGCCAAGGCUGAGGCGGAUGCCGCGGCAGCUGCGGAGCGUGUCAGGAAGGCUGGCCUAUUCAGCUUCGUUCACAUCAAAGAUAUGAUUAACACUUGCUUCAAGCCACGCGAAAAUCAUGCUCGCGCAAUUAUUUGGCUCGUCACACUGGCCAUGUUCCUGUCUAUUUUCGUUUUCGAUGGCGUGAUGACUGUCAUGUAUUUGUUUGUGCGCGAAAAGUUCCACUGGACGGUGCGGGAUUACACAUUCUACGAGACGGUCAGCCAUCUGGUGCCCAUGAUUGGAGCGCUGAUCGGCUUCCUUGUGCUCCGAAAGGUUUUCCGCCUGUCGGUGGUCACGCUCGGCCUGCUGGCCUUCUUCUCGGAAGUUCUCAAUAAUUUGGCCAAAGGAUUUGCCACAAUGCCGUGGCACAUGUACCUCUCGGUAGCCCUGGGCGUCUUCCGCUCCAUAUCGGGACCCAUGUGCCGCACCAUUGUGUCAAACAUUGUGCCGCCCUCGGAUCUGGGCAAGAUUUUCUCCAUUAAGAAUGUUUUGCAAUCGUUUGCACCUUUCGUUGCCGCCCCGCUCUAUACGCUCAUCUACAAGCAGAGCCUCACCACGUACCCGGGCCUGUUCAACUUUGUCAGCGCGUUCCUGUAUCUGCUCUCGUUCGUGUUCAUUGGAUGUGUCUUGCGCAUCAAGUUCAGGCACAAGCAGCACUACGCCAAGGUGCUAAAGUGAGCCACUGGCCUACAAUGAUUUAUGCCUACAAUUAACAUGUGAUCAUACCUAAGUAAUAGCAAUAAAACCUUACGAGUAGAACGAAUUUAAU